UUAGUGAAGAAAUGGUAAAGGUAAACUAGUUUUAAACAGGAGAAAAAGAACAUAACAUUGUAAGAUUAAUUAACACAAAUCGAUAUAUACAUACGGGCAAAAAAACACUUUAGAAUAUUUUACAAAGAAGAUAUGCUUGUUUCUUUAUUACUGUGAAUACAAAUUUUCUUUAUGUACUCUGAUAAAACAUGCUUAGUGACGUGUCUAUUGUUUUCUAAGAUAACCUCAAUGUAGUAACAUCGAAUGGUAAAAAAAAUAAAAAUUCAACAAAACAGCCUAACCUAGACUGCCGAAGGACGAUGACUUUUUUAAAAUCGUGGGAAGAGUUUGAGAAAGCCGCGGAGAAGCUAUAUUUGCAGGAGCCCUCCAAGGUGCGCUAUACCAUGAAAUACACGCACUCCAAGAAUCAAUUAGUAUUGAAAAUUACUGAUGACGCUGUGUGUUUGCAAUUCAAAACUGAAAUCGCUCAAGACCUGAGGAAAAUCGACAAGUUCAUCAACAACCUUGUCCGGCAUAUGGUCUCUAAAGAAACAUAAAAUCUACUGCUAUAAAUUGACUGAAUUCUGUUUUUAUAUCUUCUAAUUUAUUAAUAAAACGUUAUAAGAAAAGGAUGAUUAUUAUAUUGAAGGGAAAUA